CCUCCGUCAUUCUCACCGAGACGGCAACGCUCCCCCCAUUUCCUAGCGCUGCUCUGCUCCACCCGACCGACCAAUGGAGUUCGCCAGCCGAGGCCCAGACACCGCCGCCGCGGCCGACGACGACGGCCGCCGCUUCCCUGAGCCUCCGCCGCACGAAGACGCGAUGCUGGUGAUUCGGGACGCACUGCUGUCACAGCUCCAAAAGGAUCGCCUUCGCCAGGAGAUCAUCGUGGCCGAACUCGCCAAGAUAGAGCAAGCCAUGGCCCUGUGCUCUACUCCCCAUCAUGGCAUUGUCACUGCCGAUGCGGAACGGGCAAAGCCGGUGUCCUUCGCUCAAGCCGUGGCCCUGCGCUCCGCCUCCGCUUCCCACCAUGCCAUUGCCUCUGCAGAUGCCGAACAGGCUACGCUGGUGCCCUUCCCCGUAACUGAUGAGCAGUUCAUGCAGCAUAGCAGAGGGGCGGUUGGUCCUGAACACUGCGUCGGCGUCGAUGAGAUCCAUGAUAUGAAGAACCAUGGGGUGCACCGGGGUGGAGAACUGAAGUCCGAGAAGCCUGCCAUGGAAGAUCUCGUCAGUAAAUGCUUGAAAACUUCUGGUAGUACUAGUACUGGUAAGGCGGUAGUUCAGAAUAAUGCAGCACUUGAUGAGUGCAAAAUACAAGAAUCUAAUGAGGCUAUACUGCCGAAAAAGACGUCGCCUUCAGUGAAAUGGAGUUGUGCCAUCUGCCAGGUAGAAGCACCCAGUGAGGGACACAUACAACAGCAUUUUGCAGGGCAGAAGCACCGGUCAACUGUAGCAACUUUGGUGUCGAGAAACAAUGCCAUGGGUCUGAAGGCCAAAGCAACAGCAGAGAAAUCAAGAAAUGCGAGGCAGUAUGCAGAGAAGCCACGUCCAAAAUGGGUGUGCAGAUUCUGCCAAUCUAACUGCACAUGCAAAUCAGACCUGGAGAACCACCAGAAAGGCAAAAGACACAAGGCAAAGAUCCAAGCCCUGCUGGAAGAAUGCGAAAACAUUACAAAGAAUUAUGCGUUGUGGGAAGCGAAAUCGGAUCCAAAUACUGUGCAACAAAAUUCAGAGAACCCAGCUUCAGCGUGGAAUUGCAGCCUUUGCCAAGCUAAGUGCACUUGUCAAUCAGACUUGGAGAACCACCUUAGAGGCAAGAGACACCAACUGAAUUUUCUGGUUCUACAGGUAGAAUCCAUGCAAUAUGAGAACGUUCCACGACGGAAGAUAGAAGAUCUACUGAGAGAUCGCAAGAAUGCGAAAUCGAACAAUCUGAAGACGGCGAAGAAACUACCUUCAGAUGGUUCUAACAGCAAGGGUGCAAGCUCAGAUAUGGAAGUACAGGGGACAUUGUAUUUUUGCAAGCUCUGUAAUUUGCAGUGCAACAGCAAGAAUACACUUGCGGAACAUCGCAAGGGGAAGAAGCACUCCGAGAAGGUGGAGAAACGGAUGUUGAUGAGUUUUUGCGAGAUCUGCAUUAUUCAGUGCAACAGCGAAAAAAAUGCUCGCCCACCAUCGUACUGGGAAGAAGCAUCUGGCAAAGCUCAGUGACUGUUGAUUUGGAGUCUAUUAAGCAAGACGCCGGCACCACAAUUCUUCUAGGGAACCAACUGCGAUUGCCUUUCAUUCGCCAAGCACAAAUUAUUGGACAUGAUAUUUAUUUACUAGAAUAUAUGUUCCUGCUAUGUGUUGCAAUGCUAGCAUACAGUACUAUCUGUUAUUCACUUUCAGUGUGCUAGCAUACAAUUCAAUUGAGUAAAUUAACCAGGCACGUGUAGUGCCACAUCUGCUCUUUUACUUGAUGUUUUGGGUGUAAACACUGUCACGUAUUUGACCAUUUUUCUCACUGUAUUAAUAUAUUUUAGCAAUACAACAGCAUUGAAAUAUGGAAAAAAAUAUUCUAAGAUGAAUA